UCCUCCCCCUGCGGCGCGGGGCGGAGUUUCAUACCGGACUAGACGCUCCUUUUGUCGGAUCCGUUUCGAGCUGACUCCCCGGGGUUUACGGCUGAAAAACACAUACUUUGAAAGCACCAAAACAACUCAAACGAGCCCCGCGGUGUGCAGAAUCUCCCCGGGUUUCUGUCUCGACCUGCAGAGGGAAGGGGUCACACUGCAUGAUGAAUGGCAGCAGUGUCUCGACGUCUCAGAGCGCCAGGAUCAAGAAUGAACCAGACUCCUGGUCUCAGCAGGACUGCCUCACUCUGCUGGAGAGGAUCCGCUCUCUGCUUCCGGACGUUGAUGCCAUGAAGUAUAAGACCACAGAGUCUCACUUCGACUGGGACAAGGUCCGCUUCGGGGUCUUCACCGGGGAGAUGUGCCGCAGCAAGUGGCUCAAAGUCUCCACAGAGGUGCGUAAGUACCGAACGAUGACGGAGAUCAUCGUAGAUGCCACAGAUUUCGUGAAGAAUCCGUAUAAAGGCAAAAAACUGAAGACUCAUCCGGACUUCCCUAAGAAACCCCUGACUCCAUACUUCCGCUUCUUCAUGGAGAAACGAGCUAAGUACGCCAAGAUCCACCCGGAGAUGAGCAACCUGGACCUGACCAAGAUCCUGUCCAAGAAGUACAAGGAGCUGCCUGACAAGAAGAAGCAAAAGUACAUCACAGAGUUCCAGCGGGAGAAAGAGGAGUUUGAGAAGAACAUGGCGCGGUUCAAGGAGGAUCAUCCUGAUCUGAUCGAAGAGAAGAAGAAGUCCGACCUGCCGGAGAAACCCAAAACUCCCCAACAGCUGUGGUACAACCACGAGAAGAAGACCUACCUGAAGCUGCACCCCGAGGUCAGUCAGAAGGAGCUGAAGGAGGCUCUGAGGAGACAGUGGUCCCAGCUCUCUGACAAGAGGAGACUCAAGUGGAUCAGCAAGGCCCUGGAGCUGCAGAAAGAUUACGAGGGCAGUAUGAGGGCAUAUCAUGAGGCUCACCCUGACUUCUCCUCCGAUGAUCAUGUGCGGUCCGUCCUCACUAAAGCAGAGAGACAGCUGAAGGACAAGUUUGAUGGACGGCCGACAAAACCGCCACCGAACGGGUACUCCCUGUACUGUGCGGAGCUGAUGGUGAACAUGAAGGACGUUCCGAGCACGGAGCGGAUGGUGCUCUGCAGCAAGCAGUGGAAGAUGAUGACGCAGAAAGAGAAGGACAUGUUCCAGAAGCGCUGCGAACAGAGGAAGAAGCAGUACGACGUUGACCUGCAGAGGUUUCUGGAGAGUCUCCCGGAUGAGGAGCGAGACCGGGUGAUGGGCGAGGAGAAACUGGGCGGGUCCAGAAUGGGAGGGGGUGUGGCCUCCAGCCCACACAGAGCAAAGUCUCCUUCUGUCAAGGCGUCUCAGGAGCGUGUUCAGGAGACAGAAACAUGGACGCCGGCGGCGAAGCGGGACGGGAAGAAGGCGGCGAAGCUUCCUGAGACGCCUAAAACAGCGGAGGAGAUGUGGCAGCACAGCGUGAUUGGAGACUACCUGGCCAAAUACAGAAGCGACCGCAGGAAGGCGCAGGCAGCGAUGGAGGCGACCUGGAAGUCAAUGGAGAAGAAAGAGAAGAUCCCGUGGAUCAAGAAGGCGGCGGAGGACCAGAAGCGUUACGAGGUUCAGUACCAACCUGUGAGGGAGCUACUGGAGAUGAGACCUCCAACUGCAGCUCAGAGGAAACCAAAGUUUGAAGGAGAACCAAAAAAACCUCCAGUGAGCGGGUAUCAGAUGUUUUCCCAGGAGCUGCUGACCAAUGGGGAGCUGAACCAUUUCAGCCUGAAGGAGCGCAUGGUGGAGAUCGGGAAAAGGUGGCACAAGCUGAGCCAGAUCCAGAAGGACAAGUACAAGAAGCAGGUGGAGGAGCAGCAGGGGGGCUACAAGCUGGAGCUGGAGGCCUGGAUCAAGGCUCUGUCUCCUCAGGACCGAGCCGUCUACAAGCAGUUCUCCUCCACCAAGCGGCGCAGCAGCACGAAGGCCCGCAGCCCCCCCCCCUCUAAGGUGUGUGUGACGGUGAAGAAGGCGUCGAGCAGCCGAGUGACGGCGCAGACCCUCAGUGUGAACAAGAGGAGCAUGGCCUACAGAGCCAAGCAGGACAUGUCCGACUCAGACGAGGAGAAGAGCGAUUCGUCUGACUCUGAUGACGACGACGAGACGUCAGGAAGCACAGACAGUGAAGACGAAGAGGAUGACGAGAAUGACGAGGAGGAAGACGAGGAUGAUGAAGAUCAAAGCUCCUCAGAGGAAUCCAGCGACUCUGAAUCUGACUAGCUCCACCCCCUCCGCCUCAUUGGAUAGGACAGGCUGUGCAGGACACGCCUCCUCACCUGCCGAUCAUCAAGGCGGACCAAUGAGAGCUGGCGGCAAUCGGAGGGGCGGAGCCUGACAGCGUUUUGUUACUGUUUCUGUUUUUAUGGAGUGUUUGUUUUUAUCUGACAGACAGUCAGCUGUUCGGUUUUGGAGCAGUGAUGGGAGGUGGGGCUUGAAAAGUUUGACAGCCGGGCUUAGGGGAUCCUAUUGGAUGUUUGUUACUGCUGAGGGAGGAGCCAGUGUUCAACCUCCAAUCAGCCGCCUUCCCGAGAAAAUUAUUAACAAAUAAAUGCACUUUUUCUCA